AUGAGUUCUGAUGAGCAAGAACUAGAGGAUAAUGAAGAAAUUUCUAAUAAAGAUCAAGAUGAUUCAGAAGAAAAAGAAUAUACUUUUAAAGAAGAUACAUCUGAAAAAGAUACUUCAGGAAUAACUCCACUAUUGGAAGGUGAAGAUUCUGAAUCAGAACCUGAAGAUUUAACAGAACUAUUAGAACAACUAAUAUUACAAUUACAAAAAAAAAAAAAAACAUAUCUAUCAUCGAACCUAUUUGUGAUGUUAUUUCAAUUACGAGAUGCUGUGAAGCAACUUGCAAGAUCAUUAUGUUAUCAUCCUAAUUUUCAACAAAGAAAGGAUAGACAAACUUUAAGUAAAAAAUUACUCUCAAACACAGAAUGGAUAGAAUUAGAAGAACUAACAUUACUUUUAG